AUUCAAUUUCAAACGAGAUAAAACGAGUAGGUGAAAAAGCUAAUUAUUUCUCAAAUAUACUAGGUCUAGGUGUCAUCUAUGCUGGACAAUUGCUUUGAGGGAACAAUAAUCGAACGGUGAGUGCACAAAGUUGCAUACCGAGUGUAACUGGUGGUACACCAAGCGCUGGGUCGCGUAUUGGAGUACAACGGGAGGUAUCAACAUGGGUCAGGUUUUUUCCGAACCACGUUUGCGCGCUCCGAUACUGUGCUGGCAUGGUUGUGAGGGAAAACCAGGUAGAAACCGCGAUUGCACGACCAGGUACGAACGACGUUUCCGAUGGUAUCCAGUUUUCGAGUGUCUCGUCGGCGCUGCAUUCCUGCUUUCUUGCGCUCUAGUCGUGAUGCCCGUUGUGCCUCUGGCGCUGUUGUCUGUACUGCAGGACUUCUUGGAUGGACAAGAUCACUCUACUGAGUGGAAGAUCUUACUAGAUAACUCCUGGUGGCGGCCUCUACUGAAAAAGAUGCUCUUUCAAAAAGAGAUGAUUGCGCAGACAGGAGAAAGAACAAACGAAGGAACUGUGGUAGAAACAAAGAAGAUCAACAUACAUCAGCGUGCAGAAGGAGAUGAAAUGGCGUUGAUAGUCUUGAUGACGAUAGCACUCAUGACGACACUCAUCGCGAUACUUCUAUGUCCAUUAGUCUUCUUUUCUGCAGCAGGACGCGAGGUGCUCAUACUAGAAUUCUUCGGGAAAGAAAAUAUAGAUGUUGUUGAAAGGACGGACGAACAUGAUGAAUUACAUGAUGACCACAGCAACGAUGAGGUUACAUCGUCAACACUGUUGACUAGUGCGAGUAUAUCUUCUUCAUCUUCGAGUGAGGAAGGGUCGACUCAAAGGCAACGGGCUGGCCCAUCCAUAAAAAGAAGUGACUCUGAAUAUGGGGAAGGUGGUUCUUCUUCUUCUUCGCAAGCUUCAAGGUCUUCAAGUGCUUCUCGCCCUUCAAACUCAGAGAUUGGAUCUGAUACAAGUGAGAACAAGAUGCGGCUUCAGGUAGUACAUUAUCGCAGUCUUUUAAGCGGCGCUAUCGAAUGGCAGAUCUUUCGAAAAGAAGUCGUUUACGAAAAGCAUCAAAAUAAAGUUCCGUUUCGGCCACCUGUAAUAGCAGAAGGGUUUGGUUCGAUCGACGUUUUUUUCUAUCUGGUAUUCGAGACCUACGACAUCUCAGAUGACGGGCGAAACUUGGUCCCAUUUGUACCCCCCAUAGAUCUCGAGCAGAUGCUCAAUUGUGCGAACGACAUACGAGCACAAAUGGAAGCUCACUGGAAAAAUGCGGCUGAUAAACCCAUAACUUGAAAGCGCGCUCUGCACGAUAACGAUUUAAGUUGUUACAUCACUUCUACAACUAUAUACGUUUUAGGGCUGGACGGUACCCCCCCCUGUAGUCUUGUCUGUGGUGG